AUAUCAUCGGGCAUUGGGUUAAGACGUUAAUUACGGCAUCAGUCCGUGCGAGUUUGAGGAAAUGUUAAUAAGUCUCGUGAGAUCAGUCUGUGUAUUGAUUGGUCUGAGUGUUGUAGCCAAAGCCGCACUCUUGGCCUAUCAAGUCUGCACAAAUCCCCACCUGGAAAAAGGCAUAUGCAUUCAAAUAAAAGACUGUGCGUUUUUAUAUAACCUCCUUAAUACUUCAAGCACCAAUAUAUCGGCUGAUAAUCUCAAACUAUUGCAAGGCAGUCACUGUGGAAAUGAUAAUACACAGGACUCUCCGUCUAAGCAGAUACUGGUGUGCUGUCCCGAACGCUACCGCUUUGCGGGCAAUAACAGAACUUCGAAUAGUAUGAAAUCAUCGCCAGCGGGUAAUGUAUUACCCGCACCCGGCGAAUGUGGUAAAAUUUUGACGAAUCGUAUCUAUGGAGGCAAUGUUACCCAAAUAGAUGAAUUCCCAUGGAUGGCUUUAAUACAAUAUAAAACAGGCCCUGAUCGCUUUGGAUUUUACUGUGGCGGAGGUCUUAUUAAUUCACGAUAUGUCUUAACUGCCGGCCAUUGUCUCAAGCAUCCCGAUAUGCCAUCCACAUGGGAAUUGUAUGCCGUACGUUUGGGCGAAUGGGAUCUUAGUCAUGAUCCUGACUGUACUGAAGAUACCAGAGGACGAAAGGAGUGCAUAGAUUCGUACAAAGAUAUUCUAGUGGAUUAUGCCCUUGCCCAUCCAUCAUAUCAAGCUGGGUCAAAGGAGCAAUUCCAUGACAUAGCCUUACUUCGCUUGGCAGAAAGUGUUUCACCUACAUCAUAUAUAAUACCCAUAUGUUUACCCAUCGCCGAAAAUAUUCGCUCGAAAUUAUUCACAUCUGAAGUCAUGGAUGUUGCCGGCUGGGGUAUCACCGAAACGGGCAAUACCAGCCCGGUGAAAUUGAAAAUUUUGGUAAAUGUUUGGAAUGUAACACGUUGUCAGAGUACAUAUCGAACAUUCCAGAUGAACAUCAGCUCCGAGUAUCAAUUGUGUGCAGGUGGUGAGGAUGGCAUAGAUACUUGCCGUGGCGAUUCCGGCGGUCCUUUGAUGGUAACCGAAAGCAUAAAUAAGCGUCACAUUUAUUACGUAGCUGGUGUUGUAUCGUAUGGCCCAAGACCGUGUGGUCUUGAGGGUUGGCCAGGAGUUUAUACGAGAGUUGGAACGUAUGUUAAUUGGAUUUUGAGUAAUUUGUUAGCCUGAAGCUUUUCUGAUGAAACGUUUAUAUAUACAUAUGUACAUUAUUGAAAUUAUACAUUGAAAAAUAAAUAAAUAUUUAAAAUAUA